AUGAAGGCCUCGGUGGCAGUCUCGGUUUUUGCUCUGCUGGCCCAGCCAUUCGCAUCGGCCGCGUCUACCCUCGCCUACUGUGCCUCAGUCAACACUGGAUCGUCCUUUUCAGCAGUGACCGACACAUUUCAGUCCAAUGGAGCGUGUCAGACAACAUGCAAAAACUACGCCUUAGGUGUGCUUCAAGGGAAACGGUGCUGGUGCACCAAUGUCGCUCCCGCGAAGAGCUCUCUGGCCGACGACACAUCUGAUUGUGAUACUGGGUGCCCGGGUUAUCCCUCAGACAGCUGUGGAAGUGCCUCCAAGGCAGUUUAUGCCUACGUAGCCGUCUCCGGCAACGAUGUCACCAGCACAGCUGGCGGUUCAACAAGUUCGUCGACUACAUCUUCCACGUCUAGCUCGGAGACAACAAGCGCUGAACCCGAGACUGUCACUGUGACUGCCUCGGAUUUUGCGACUUCGGCUUCCAAAACUACGUCGACCCCAUCGAAAUCCGAAACAUCCGACACCUCUGCCAGCGUGGCCGUCGAGACCAAUUCCGGUGGUGAAGUGAAGACAAUCACCGUCGCAGGCUCCAGUGCCACCGCCGGCGCCGACAAUGCUUCAGCCAAUACCAGCGAAGCGGACAGUUCGAAACUGAGUGGAGGCUCAAUCGCCGGAAUCGUCAUUGGUGUUCUGGGUGGUCUCGCCUUGGUUGGAGCUCUGGUCUUCCUGAUCUUCUUCUACCGCAAGCGCGCUCGCUCCGUCAGCCCAAUUCCCAGCCAGGAUAUGACUGACAACCGCACUAGCCGGGGAUCGAGCUUCAUGCGCGGCUUCUUCCCACAGGGUGAGGGUGGUCCUGUCCCGACUCGCUCGGGCACCACCUUCACCGAUAACCGUAUGAAAACCAACACGGUUCUCUACCCCAACGGUCCUCGUGAUAGCAGUGUCUCACUCCAAGAUAACGAAGACUACUCGCGCCCUGUUCUUCGGCUCACCAACCCCGAUUAA